GGCGUGGACCGAGAUGCGGGAGUUGUGUGAUUGGAGUUUCUGUUCAUGUAGGAGUCCGUGUGUCACCAAUUCGUUUACGUCUUGCCGGCGUGGACUGAGAUGCGGAGUCGUCUGAUGGAUGGGAGUUCAUCUUCAUGGAGGAGUCCAUGUGUUAGCAAUUCGUUUACGUCUUGCCGGCGUGGACUGAGAUGCGGAGUCGUAUGAUGGAUGGGAAUUCAUCUUCAUGGAGGAGUCCAUGUGUUAGCAAUCAGUUUACGUCUUGGCGGCGUGGACUGAGAUGUGGAGUUCCUGUUCAUGUAGGAGUCCAUGUGUUCAGUGAUGUGUCACAAGGACGGAUGGUGGCAGGAAACCGCUCGUUUGGCGUAGGUGAACUCGAAACUUGUGUGUACCAUUUCACCACCGACCUCAGGUCUCCCUCCAUUCUUGCUCCGUUCAUCCGUAUCAUUUGUCCACUUUGCGCCUGAUUGAGCCCCUCCGCUUCAUCCCAGGUGCACUUUUGAACUUCAAUCCACUUUUGCUGAAGUUGGCAAGCGCAGCUUGUUUUAAAUCACCAGUACACCCGCACCUGCAGGCCCCUUGCUGCGUGCCAAGGUUUUCCAAACCGCUAGUGGCGCACUUUUUUCCUUUUUUUGGCUGGCGCCUCCAGCCAUCGUGGUCUGGUAGGCCAAGCCUCCAAAUUUUCCGUAGGCUACGAGUUUUUUCCCCCAGCAAGGCUGGGGCCACGUACUGGCGGUUUAAGUCCUUCUGGCAAUUUCUGCCGUUCCACACCAUGUCGCACCACCACACUGUCCCACCGAUAUCCCUUCUUUUUACGUGCCUGCUGCUGGUGGCCUUCUGCUCAUGCUCGCUUUGGACCUGCGACAUCCAUUGCACUUCUGUGAUAAAGAGGAAGCCAACUGCUUCUGACAUUGCCCGUGGUAUCUCCAUGAAGCAACUCCUGCAAACUAGCCUGUCGGCAUCUCACCGCGAUGAGUGAGAACCGCCUUUCUUAGUUGGCCCACGCCUACCUGUAUUUUCUACUGUCCCUGUUCUGGGACUGCUACUGCAACGAACUGCUGCAAGCUACCAGCUUGUUUGUCUACUUAUUGUUAUCACCUAACUUCUGACUCGGCCCAUAACCAUAACCAUGCCACAGUUUGAUGUCCCUUUCCCUUGUGCUACACACUCUCGGUGCCUGUUCCCCCCUCCCAAACAUGUUUUGGCAGUCGGGACACCUGGCCCCACUCCUGCCAAAAAGGAAGUAAGCUGAUGAUCGGUGCAAGUGAUCCGCUGUGACAGUCACAAAUGCGUCCCUCCCUGGUCCUGAAGUGGAAAGUAGUCUAUGGCUGUGGUCUCUGCCGUUGUAAUGGAUGGUGCAAUAUCAUACUUGCAAGCGGACGCCGUCCGGGCGGUUCCGCACGUGUGGCAGACCGCCGGACCGGACCCGUGCGGCGCACGAAUGUGCGCCCGACGACCAGUUACGCCCCCCCCCCCCCCCCCCCCCCCCCAAAAAAACGGCCCCGUCCGGUCCGGUCCGGGUCCGUCUGGUCCGGGGGGGGGUGACGUUUAGGAAAGCGGUAGAGGUGUAGAGACAGAAGACCACUGCUGGGCUGCCAGUUUUACAUAGCGCUGAAAGUGAGGUUUCACUGAAGAAUAAUUGUACACCCUCGUGUAGGGAACGGCACUGGACAGCGGGUCAAGUCCCUUUGUUUGUUUGCCGUUGGGAUGCGUUAUACAGUAUCUUAUCAUCUCUCAUCACUCUGAUACUAAGAACAGCUGUCUGCCUGAAGGAAUAUGUGCACCUAUUUCCUUCUGCAGUUGUCGUGUGUCACAAUCACUGAGAAAGGUUUAUGCCAUCGUCACCCAUGGGCAAUCCAUGCCAGCCAUGAUGUGCUGCGUGCCGCAUGCUGGCCAGAUACGCCGCGUAUCACGUGGAGUAGGAUGCACAGCUUCACUGACGAGACCGUCAUGGGAGGCUGCACGCUCUCUCCAUAUGUAACAGGUUGCGACUGCUACCUGCUGGUGGGCAGACUGGUGUAGCUCACAUUACGUGCGUGCACUUUCUGCUGCUUGAGCCUCUAGAUCCACCGUAUGCUCCAAAAAUAGCCAGCUUGCCCGUCAGACUGCGUCAGUUAGUUUAAAACAUGUCAGGGUCAUCCUCGUAUCUGCAUUGAGACAGCCUGCUCUCCAUUGAUGCCGACGGACGGAGUAUGUACGGAGUAUAUGAUUCUGAAUUCAGCCGUCUAUACUCUUGAGCGAUGAAAUUUAUGUUGUGAUUAAAAAGCUGUCAAUAUUUCCAGCAUAAGGCAGCAGCCAGUAGUAGCGAGGAAUGAUUCAGGCAUGUGGGAAGGAUUUUCCUCAAUCGCAUAGACAUCAGGUGGUGGUGAAGGGGGAGGGUUUUGAAGUCUCUGCACCUCUCUGUUUGCCUCUUUUUUUGUACUUUCUGCUACGUGCUGUCAUGAGCUUGUCACCCUUCCCGUCAAUGCUCGAUUUUUAUGUGCUCUACUUCAGAUUCUGCUCGCUCAAAGCAGCACGUCCCCACGAUUCUUAUUCGAUGGUUUCAGGUUGCAGUCUUUGGAAGGCAAGAAUGAUGUAUAAGAACUUGAGAGAGGUUUCUCUGAUCGCCGAGCUUGAAAGUUAUUUGGAUGUAUAGCUACAGGGAUCUAUGUAGGAGCAAAGAGAGCGAAACUUCGUUUUGCUGGGCUGUGUUCUCCCACGGCGUAGUUGAAAUAGUAGGAAUUAAGUUUCACUUAGAAGCUUCCAUAAAUUAGGUAAGCUCAACGUAG